UGCGGCUAGCUGUUGCUCACAGUUAGGUGCCAGCAUCUCCGGAGAGAGAGGAGAGAGAAAGUUAGAGAGAGAGCACGGUGGGUGGUCGUCGUUAAUGGCAACCCUCGCCUCCUUCCUCUCGCUCUCUCCUUCUCGUCUCCUCCCUUCCCAACGUCCUCGUUCCUCACCUCUCGUAGCUGUAUCUCCCCUUCGACCCACAAAAAGCCCUAGAAAGUUCCGAACCCUAAGAACCAUUGUCUUGGCUUCGUCCACCUCUUCUUUCGAUGAGCUUUUCUCCAACAGUGAAAAUUCACGCUCAAAGAAAUCAGUUCUUUCAGAUUUGAUACAAGAGAUUGAGCCUUUGGAUGUGAGCCUAAUUCAAAAGGAUGUUCCGCCAACUACAGUGGAUGCUAUGAAGAGGACUAUAUCAAGCAUGUUGGGUUUACUUCCAUCCAACCAGUUUCAAGUUUUAAUUGAAGCUUUAUGGGAACCCCUUUCUAAGUUACUGGUUUCUUCAAUGAUAACUGGGUAUACCUUGAGGAAUGCUGAAUAUAGGCUUUGUCUUGAAAGGAACCUUGAUAUAUAUGAAGGAAGCACUGAAAAACAUAAAACAGAAGAUUCAAAGCUUGAAGCACAAGGAAUGAUGUCUGACAAUGAAAGGAAAUCCACACCAUCUGGAGAAAAUGAGCUACUAAAAUCUGUAAAUACAUCUGAGAAUAUUGGGAUUCAAGGUCUUGGAGAAAUCACUCCUGAAGCUCAACAAUAUAUUUUAAAGUUGCAGUCUCAUUUAUCUUCUGUGAAAAAGGAGCUUCAUGAAGUUAAGCGGAAGACUGCAGCUCUUCAAAUGCAACGGUUUGUGGGGGAAGAAAAGAAUGAUUUACUGGAUUACCUAAGAUCACUACAACCGGAAAAGUUAGCAGAGCUAUCAGAACCAACAUGUCCUGAAUUGAAGGAAACAAUCCACUCUGUGGUCCACGGUCUCCUUGCAACCCUUUCUCCCAAGAUGCAGUCCAAGGCUCCUCCUCUGUCAGAGAACUCCUCAACUGGAAUUGUAAAUGUUGGAACUGAAGAAGAUUGCAUUGAUCUUGUUGAGAACACUUCAAUUCCAUUCCAGCCCCUCAUUUCAUUAACUCGUGACUAUCUGGCUCGUCUACUGUUUUGGUGCAUGCUAUUGGGGCAUUACCUCAGAGGCCUCGAGUAUCGACUGGAGCUUAUGGAACUUCUAUCUUUGCCAAGCAAUGUAGAGAAUGAUGCCUGUGGUGGACCUGGUAACGAGCAAGGUGCUUGAAUGCUGCCUGCUUUGGUUGUACCCGUUUCCAUCUGUAUAGACAUGUAUUUUUUCCAUAUUAAAUGGGUUCGGGACAUGAAGCCAGCAAUGCGUUAUGGGAGGAGUAUGGCCCGAAAUCCUGCUGUUACCCUGAAGGAUGCAUCUCAUAUUGUUUGUUACCGCAGCACUUUUUUCUCUUUGACAUAAACAUAAAUGUUGUACUAUCACUACCCAGCCUGUGUGCUUGGGCUGAAGGAAGUAAUGAUGCCCUUGUAAUUUUGCAGUCAGGAUGGGCCUCGGAACCUAUACUUUGUCAAUAUUAAUCGAAAAAUCCAAUAUAAAGGAAAUUUUCGUU